AGAAUUAAAGUAAUAGUCAUUUCUCGUCACUCUCACAUUUAUGUUGCAAUUUCAUUUUUUAAAUUAAAUAUUUUAACAAUGGAGAUUCAGCUUCAAAUUUAUAUCAUCAUAGGAGUAGGUGGGAUUUUAAUUGCAGGUUUGAUUUUAUCAAGUAGUUUACUCUGCUAUUAUCUUUGGAAAUUGUACAAAAAGGUUCCUUAUGAAAGAAGUCUCGAUGACAAUAACUCAAUUUUACGUCGCAAUAUUGCAAUGAACCUGGAUUCAGAGCUUAAUAGAAGAUAUACUCAAUAUACUCCUGAACCCACAAUGAAACCAGAAUCAAAAAUAUUUCACAAAGGAUCGAUCAAAUCAAAUUCGAAUGUGAGAGCUUCCGUAAUUGAUGUUAGUGAUGAGUUCAGAUAUCGUCAAAACGAUCGAACGUCGUCUUCGCAAUUUAACAACAACAUAGUUUUAAAGCAAAAUGAUACCAACCCUCAUGAAGCUUCUAUUGAGGAGGUGACAACCUCGCAACCAUCUGGACCUCUUCCUAUACAUCCAACUGCUCCUCCAGCAUUUAUAGCAAAUCAAAAUUAUGGAGCAAUUACGGAGUCAAUUUAUGUUCAGCAACCAGUAAACAAUAUUGUCGUUGUAGGUGCUUGUCCUGUUUGUCGAAUAGUUUUAGUUCAGUCACUUCCUACUGAUUUAAGAGUUACACAAGUUCGCUUCAGAGAUUUCAUGAAUCACCCAAGAAAGCGGAAUCCAAUAUGGUUUUUCAAACAAAAUAGAGCGAAAAAAGUAGAAAAUCUCACACCGGAAAACAAAAAAUUUAUGGAAGAAAUUACUCACGAAAAAUACGGCAAACCAGUAAUUCGUAAAGGUUUUCUAACUUUUGAAAAUUCAUCAUCUCUUCUAAAGUCAGAACAUUUAGCACCAGUAGAAUGGAGACAAGGUUUGAGAAGAACCGGACUUAUAGGACGUAAAAUUGGUCAUUAUCCCUUAUGGCUUAAAAAUGGAGAGAGAAUCGAUACAACAGUCAUUCAAAUUGCAGACAAUUAUGUCGUUAAAUACAUACCUCCAGAUGAAUUCAAUCCAACACAAAGAAAACCUCUCAAAAAUUACACUGGCCGAGCUUGCUUGCUUAUCGGAUCAGAAUGUGUGGAUCCAAACAAACUUACAGGAAAUUACAUCGGACUAUUCAAAGAUUCAGGAGUUAUGCCAACAAAAAAUUUAAAUCGCUUUAUUAUUUCACCUGAAGCUGCGAUCAUGCCUGGAACACCUCUUAAUGCAACGCAUUUUCGAGUUGGUGACUACGUUGAUGUUCGUGGAAAAACCAUUGAUCGAGGAUUUCAAGGUGUUAUGAAACGAUGGGGAUUUAAAGGUCAACCAGCUUCACAUGGAGUUACUAAAACUCAUCGUCGCCCUGGUGGUAUUGGUGGUGGCAUAAAACAUCGUGUUUGGCCUGGUAAGAAGAUGCCUGGACAUAUGGGAAAUCGUUGGCGUAUAGCAAAAGGCCUCAAAAUAUGGCGAAUCAACACCAGCACAAAUACACUUUGGGUAUCCGGACAUGGAAUGCCUGGAGACGUCAAUGGCUUAGUUUACGUUUAUGACACGGUGCUUCCUCUAAGAAAGUAUCGAGAUCCGCCGCCCUUCCCAACAUUCACUGGAAAUGAAAAUGAACUUCCUGAAGACAUUUAUCAUGAAGAAGUUCACAAAUUUGAAGAUCCAACAAUUUUCUUUGAACCUGAGAAAUAAUGCAAUUUCAUUAGUAUUAGUGAAAGUAAAAAUGUCAACACCGGAAAAUUCUUCUUGUAUGUGUUUGUGAGAAAAAAAAUUUGGGUCGACGACUUGCAGCAUUACAAAGAGAGAAAAAAUUAUAAAAAAAUUGUAAACAGAAUCAUUGUAAUUAAGUAAAUCAGUGAAUUAAAAUCAAAAUGAUUUUAACAGAAUUAAAUGACGAUGAACUUAUUUUAAUAUUUAAAUAUUGUUCUGAAUUAGAUCAUCGAAACAUAGCAAAAGUGUGCAAACUUUUUGAAGCAAUAAUUGAAGAACAUUUCAAUGAAAUCAAGUGUCGAAACUUGCUUAUGGUGACUCAUAUGAAAAGUUAUCCAGAAUUAUUUGAAAGAACUUUAAAUAGUUCA